CUUUCACUUAUUCUGUAUUUCUGCACAGGAAUCAGGGCUUGUGGAGAUGAAGACUUAACAUGGCUGCGGCACAGGCACAUCAGAAGAAAUUGAUUUUAUUUAAAUACUUUUAUUAUUAAAAUAUUUUUCCCUAUCAUAAUUGCAGUGGUCAUACUAGAAUUAGUGUUCAAUGUGUAGUUUGAUGAUUAGAUAGUUAGUUAGUAAAUUCAUAUUUUUUUAUGGAAUGUGACUGAACUUUCUUGAUUUUAGAGGUAUAAUUAGUUGGAAUUUUUGUCUGAGAUAUAGAAAGAAAUGAUCUUUAUGUGUUGCUAAAGAGGUAAAGCUUGAACUAGUGUUCGUUAGUCAGUUCUCACUUCUGAUAUUGAAGAGGUGUAGUGGUAAUCGAUUUGAUGGGAGGUGAGUAGAUUGGGAAUUGGUGUUUCUUAAGAGAACUCUUGCAUUUAUGUUCUGUUGAUUUUAUCAUACAUUUACAUUUGAGUAAACGCACACACACAAAGGGGAUAAUGUUGAGGGGAAACUGUGGUGAGCUUAUUCUCUGAUGCUCUUUCAUUGAUCUUCUCAUGGAUUGAAAAUGCAGCUGAAUCCCUCUGUGAAGAGUUAUGUGGAAGAGAAGUUAGGUAAGGCAGUGCAAAAGCAUAGCCAUUUAGUGAGGGAAGUCGAUGUCAGGUUGUCCAUCCGUGGUGGAGAGGUAGGGAAAGGCCCAAAAGUGCGAAGGUGUGAGGUUACUUUGUUCACCAAGAAACAUGGACUGGUUCGAGCAGAAGAAGAUGUUGAGUCGCUCUAUGGGAGCAUAGAUUUGGUUUCUUCCAUUAUCUAGAGAAAGUUGAGGAAGAUCAAGGAGGAAGACUCGGACCAUGGUCGCCAUAUGAAGGGCUUUGACACGCUCAAGGUUAGGUAUCCCGGUGCACUCUUGGUUGAUGAGGAUAUUGAGGUGGUACCCGAUGAAGCAGAUGAGGCUGAUGCAGUGGGAAUUCAGGGUGAAGGAGUUGAAGAGGAAGAAAUUGUCAUUAAUGAGAUUGUUCGCACAAAGUACUUUGAUAUGCCCCCUCUGACUGUUAGUGAGGCAGUCGAGCAGCUGGAAAACCUCGAUCAUGACUUCUAUGUCAUUCGCAAACGAAGAAACUGGUAA